AGGAUCAGAGAAACAUGAGGGGACAGGUUCCUCUUCUGGGAUCACUGAUCAAGAAAAGGAGCUCUCAAAUAGUGCACUGCAAGCGUUUAUGGCUGGAAAUUACGAGGCAUGCCUGCAACACCUUAGCUGCCUGCAAGAAAUAAACAAAGAUGAUUACAAAAUAGUUUUAAACAUGGCAGUAGCAGAGUUUUGUAAAAGUAAUCAGACAACAACAGAUAACUUGAAACAGACACUGAACCAGCUGAAAAAUCAGGUUCAUUCAGCUGUGGAGGAAAUGGAUGGCUUAGAUGACGUUGAAAACAGCAUGCUCUACUACAACCAGGCUGUUAUUUUGUAUCAUCUUCGGCAAUACACUGAAGCCAUAAUUGUUGGAGAGAAGCUUUACCAGUUCAUAGAGCCUUUUGAAGAAAAAUUUGCCCAGGCAGUUUGUUUCCUGCUUGUUGACUUGUACCUGUUGACUUGCCAAGCUGAGAAAGCCUUGCAUCUGCUUGCUGUACUAGAAAAAAUGAUUUCACAAGGAGGCAACAACAAAAAUGGGAAAAAUGAGACAGGUAAUAACACUGGUAAAGAAGCUUCCAAUCACAAAGCUGAAAGUGGGACUCUUACAGAAGCUGCUAAGUCUAAAAUACAUCAGUAUAAGGUGCGAGCCUAUAUUCAGAUGAAAUCUCUGAAAGCAUGCAAGAGAGAGAUCAAGUCAGUUAUGAAUACUGCUGGAAAUUCUGCUCCUUCUCUCUUUCUGAAAAGCAACUUCGAGUAUUUAAGAGGCAAUUAUCGGAAAGCAGUAAAGCUGUUGAACAGCUCCAACAUCGCUGAACAUCCAGGAUUUAUGAAAACAGGUGAAUGCUUACGGUGCAUGUUCUGGAAUAAUCUUGGGUGCAUCCAUUUUGCCAUGGGGAAACACAACUUAGGAAUUUUCUACUUUAAGAAAGCCUUACAGGAAAAUGAUAAUGCCUGUGCACAGCUUGGAACAGGAGGCACAGACCCAGGGAAAAAGUUUUCUGGCUGGCCCAUGUGCACCUUAUUGACCAACAAACGUUAUGAGUUGCUGUAUAACUGCGGCAUCCAGCUUUUACACAUUGGGAGGCCGCUCGCCGCUUUCGAAUGCCUGAUAGAAGCUGUGCAAGUUUACCACUCGAAUCCUCGCCUCUGGCUGAGAAUAGCAGAAUGCUGCAUUGCUGCCAAUAAAGGAAGUUCAGAACAAGAGACAAAAGGCCUCCCAAGCAAAAAGGGCAUUGUACAGUCUAUUGUAGGCCAAGGGUAUCAUCGUAAAAUAGUAUUAGCAUCCCAAUCUGUACAGAACGUUGUUUAUAAUGACGGUCAGUCUUCAGCUAUACCUGUAGCAAGCAUGGAGUUUGCAGCAAUUUGUCUAAGAAAUGCCUUGCUGUUGCUUCCUGAAGAUCAGCAGGAAACAAAGCAGGAAAAUGGGUCUAAAGUUGGCAACCAGUUGGGCGGAAAUAACGAAAACAACGAGAACAGUGAAGCGUGCAGCAGCAAGAGUCACGAAGGAGACAAAUUUGUCCCUGCGCCGCCAUCCUCUCCACUCAGGAAACAGGAACUGGAAAAUUUAAGGUGUUCUAUACUUGCUUGCAGCGCUUACGUGGCCCUGGCAUUGGGGGACAACCUCAUGGCCUUGAAUCAUGCAGACAAACUUCUUCAGCAGCCAAAGCUGUCUGGGUCUUUGAAGUUCCUUGGCCAUUUGUAUGCUGCAGAGGCUCUCAUCUCCCUAGACAGAAUCUCUGAUGCUAUUACUCACUUGAACCCGGAGAAUGUCACCGAUGUGUCCCUGGGGAUCUCUUCAAACGAGCAGGAUCAAGGGUCUGACAAAGGCGAAAACGAAGCCAUGGAAUCCUCUGGCAAGCAAACUCCCCAGUGUUACCCCAGUUCGGUCACUUCUGCACGCACCAUGAUGUUGUUCAACCUUGGAAGUGCUUAUUGCUUGAGAAGCGAGUACGACAAAGCUCGCAAGUGUCUGCACCAGGCUGCCUCGCUGAUUCAUCCUAAGGAGAUACCACCAGAGGCGAUCUUAUUGGCUGUAUACCUUGAACUUCAGAAUGGCAAUACUCAGCUGGCACUACAGAUCAUCAAAAGAAACCAGCUUCUCCCUUCAGUGAAAAUGCUGUCCGAGAUGCGGAAGAAACCUGUAUUUCAGCCUGCCCACUUGGUCCAACCUAUUCAAAUGCCAUCAUUCACUGCGGUUCAGAGGAAAUGAAGCUCCACUACACAACUGG